UUCCACAGUUUCUGCGUUUAGUCACAGAACAACAUACGUAAGCACUUGCGUCAUUUCAUUUUCUGACUACUACAUGUACAUAUGUAACACAGCAAUUCGGUGACUCGGUCCUCAAGCGCAAACAUCCUGACUGGCAAGUUCCAUCAUAUCAAAUCCAUUUAUCUCUGAGUCGCUAUGGGAUCUUCGACGCUUCUUGAGCUUCACUUUGUUUUGAUACCUUUAAUGGCCCCAGGUCAUCUUCUUCCCAUGGUGGACUUAGCUCGAUUAUUGGCACGGCGAAAUGUGAAGGUCACCAUAAUGACCUCGCCUCAGAACGCCAUUCGAGUUCAACCAAUCAUUGACAGAGAGAUCCAGUCUGGCUCAUCCAUCGCAGUUCAGCUUUUUCGAUUCCCAAAUUCUGAGGCUGGUUUACCAGAGCGGUGUGAGAGCUUAGACACUCUACCUUCCAUGGAUCUUCUGGUCAACUUUGCGAAAGCUUUGUGGAUGUUGCAGGAUACUGUUGAACAGCUCUUUGAAGAGCUUAGUCCUACUCCAACCUGCGUAAUAUUUGACAAAUACCUUCCAUUUGUAGCUGAUAUUGCCAAGAAACUCAAAGUUCCAGCAAUAUCAUUCGAUGGUACUAACUGUUUCACUCUAUUAUGUGAUCACAAUAUUCAUAAUUCUAAAGUCUAUGAGAGUGUCCCCAAAUCUGAACCUGUCGUUGUACCUGGGUUGCCCCACAGAAUUGUGUUUAAAAGAUCUCAGCUUCCACAGUGGUUUAAAGAUAACAGAGACCAAGAACUCGAUGCUUUCCAUGAGAAAAUGAGGGAAGCUGAAGAAGAAGCAUAUGGGGUGAUAGUGAAUAGCUUUGAAGAGUUGGAAGCACAAUAUGUGACGGAAAGUAAAAGAGUCAAAGGGAAAAAAGUUUGGUGUAUUGGUCCUGUCUCUCUCUCCAACAAGGACGACAUGGACAAGGCUCAGAGGGGCAAAACAGACUCAAACCAAGAAGACGACCGAUAUUUGAAGUGGCUUGAUUCAUGGCCUGCAAAAACUGUCAUCUACGUCUGCCUUGGAAGCUUAACCCGAGUGACACCAGCACAAUUAAUGGAGCUUGGUUUGGGACUAGAAGCUACAAAGAGACCGUUCAUUUGGGUGCUGAGAGAAUCACACAGAAGAGACGAAAUGGAGAAGCUACUGAAGGAAGAUGGAUUGGAGGAGAGAGUGAAAGCAAGAGCACUGAUAAUAAGAGGAUGGGUCCCUCAAGUUCUGAUACUGUCACACAAAGCAAUAGGAGCAUUCUUAACACACUGUGGAUGGAACUCAACACUUGAAGGGAUAUGUAAUGGGCUGCCAUUAAUAACCUUUCCUAGAUUUUCAGAUCAGUUUUAUAAUGAGAAGGUUGCAGUGCAGUUGCUGGAGAUAGGUGCAAGGUUGGGAGUUGAGAAUGCCGUUCAUUUUGGGGAGGACGAAGACAAUUACGGGAUUCAGGUGAAGAGGGAAAAAGUGAAGGAGGCAAUAGAGAAAGUGAUGGCUGAAGAAGAUGAAGAGAGUGAGAGCAUAAGAGAAAGAGCAAGGAACUAUGCAGAGAAAGCACACAAGGCUAUGGAGAAAGAUGGAUCUUCUUACCUUAACUUGUCACUGUUGAUUGAAGACAUAUACAAGACUACAUGUGAUAUAAGAGGUUGAAGAUAAUGGACAAAUUAAAGCUGAUGAUCAGCCACAAACUGAUGAUGAAACCAAACGAAAAAGAAGAACAACACUGUUCGUGGUCCAUGCAUGCAAUGAAAGUCACAACUCACAGGCUCAAUGAAAAUUCAUUUUGAUUUGAAGAUGAAGAUCAGAAUCGUACAGAGACAGAGACGUGUGGCCAAACUAGCUCAAGC